AUGCAAUGGACGCAUUUUAAGAUUGUUCGUUUCAAGUCGGCUUCCGAGAAUGCCACUCGACUCAAAGCUGGUCUUGUUCAGCGUCUACCCAAACCAGCCAGCCAGCCUCGAUCCGAGGCUCCGUUCUACUCCAGUUUUGUCGCUCUUCAACUAUGCCUCCUUCUCGACGGCACUGCCGACAAGGUCAACUUGCGCUCCUGUCAACAGCCUCGAGACAAACUCAAGGCGGAAAAUUCUGCGAGUCAUUAUGGCACCUCAAAUGACAACAUUUCCCACAAAUCACACAGUCGUCCGUCUCAUGGACUGGGACACGAAAUGAAAGACUCCGCAAUGAUGACGGCU